GUUUGUCCAUAGCAACUGCUACGUCUUUGAACGUACAUGUUUGAUUUCAAUCGGAAACAGCAUUAUUUUCUGCUGAGCUAGAUCCAGUAGAGGUCUGAAUUAUUCAUCAUUACCGAAACAGCUGCUUUGCUGGUGGAAUAAAGAGACAUCGGGUAUGCGGAAAGGGAUUGCGGCUAUUUUCACCCCAGUUGAGAUCCUAAAAUGAAGGCGGAUGUUUGGGGUUUUUGAAUGAAUGUGGAAUGUUCUGACGUAAAAAUGUAGACCUUGACGUGUGUGUUCAUCAUAUAAUCAGUGGGAGCUACAGACAGAAAGUUGGUGCAGCGCCUUGGGAGUGAAGCUUAAGUCUAAAAAUGCCGUCCUCACGAGAGAAGAUGACGUCCUCACGAGAGAAGAUGACGUACAAAAGCUCCAUUCAGGAAGCUAAGGAAUUUGGAAAAAUGCCAAAAUACAAGGCUCCAGUCUACAGCAAGCCAGAGAGAGUAGAUGAUAUGUAUCCUCUCAAAUGGACUGAUUAUGACAAUGCUGAUGUACAGAAGGGUAUUGAAAAAGUGUUGGGCCCUCUUUCCUUAUUCGCUCCUUUCACUCAUGAAGAUGUGCCUGAUAAUGUUCCACUACAAUUGGAGAGGCCAGUAACACCCAUCAAUGAAGAAAUUCGAACCCAGCCGUCAACUUUCGAGCGGAUGGCACGGUUUGUUCGACGCAGAAUAAUGGCUCAUACUGAUGUGCCUUACCUUUCCGUCGAUGAUCAGAAAAAUCUUGCAGCUAUAAUUUUGGGUGAGGUGAAUGGCAUAUGGCCUGACAUAAGGCGACAGAUUGAUGAUCCAUUUCUGACUCCAGAGGAGAAUAAAGAGCUGAACCGUCGUAUCGCAGUUCACAUUGUGACAGUGUGUGAGCAACUGUUCAAGCAUUAUUUAGACAAAGCUCAAGUUCUCAACAGCCGGGGUGUGUUCAGCGGUCCUGCAAACAUGAGUAGACUCAAAGCUCAACUGGCUUUGGAGGCAAAUGAAUUGUUGGACGUGUUAAAGAUUCGGCGUUACAUUGUGCACGACAUGCGGUCUGCUGGGGAUGCAGAGGGGGAGGAGGCAGAAAUGUCACAAAAGUCCCCAAGGCAUGCGAGAUCAUCUUCUGCAAAAAAGCUCACAUAUCAAGCCAUGCUAGAAGCAAGCCGUCCAAAACCAAAGCAGCUGAGAAGCAAACUAAACACUAUUGACCAGGAUAUCAAAGAGAUUCAAGAGCAGAUACCAGUAUUAGAUACAAGCCACUUAUUGGAUUUUGUGGCAGAGUUGCCUGAGAGGGAUAUUCGCACUCCGAGUGAGGAAGAAUUCCAUGCCAGACCUAGUCGAAUAUCUGAAGGGGUUUCUCGUAUGUCUGGAAUAUCGAAAGAAGAUGUGUCAAAAAGGAAAAUAAUAUAUAAGCCCAAUGAAGCUGUAGAAACUGAAGGAGAUGUAAGAGCUAAUGUCGUGCGGUGCAAAUCUCAACCUGAUCUGAGCCUUGGAGAAACAUUGCUGGAAGAAUUGGGCAUUCCUAAUGAUGUGAGAGAUGACAAACUCAUGCAGAAUGAACUCAGCGUUCUGCAGAGAGAAAGGGCAUCCAUGUUACAGGUGCUCACAGACAGAGAAACCAAACCCGGACUAGGCACACGAGAGUUCAUUGAGAACGACUUGAGGAAACUGACUGAACACAAAGAUGAUGAGUUUCCAGAUGGAGAUGAUGCAGACGACUUGCCCCCUUUGAUUCAGGCCAUAACUCGUCAUGCUCGUCACGAUGACAUGAAGGCAAGGAUGGAGAAACAGCUCAAAGAACUUGAGGAGAGAGAGAAAAAGAGACAAGAAGAUGAAUGCGUAUUUGUCCAGGGUCCAACUUACCCUCAACCGGAUACCGUCAGUACAAACAUGGGAAACAAGGGUGUUGUGAGGACUUCAGAUAUCCGUGUGUCAGAGCGCGUGUGCAUGUCCUCUAUCACACUCAAGUGUCACUCCACAGUCUACAAUGACUUGUUAGAGGAGAUUGAUCCUCUGACGGUGAAAAACUUAGACAAGAACCUGUUCCUCAGUGAUGAAAUCCAGGAGGUGUACAAGGAGAUCAUGAAAUCAGUGCCUUCUACUCACAUGGAGCUGGAUGAUUUGAGUGACAAGGACCCUCUGGUGCUGAAUGCCCCUGACUCUGUCAAUGUGGCUGGGACAAUGGCAUCUUCCUCUCUGUCGCGCAAAGUGGUGGACAGGGUCAUCAACCCUGCCUUCAUCAAAGCCAAAGGUCCGCCAUGGGGGAGUGCCCAGAUGAAAGAAUGGGCAAGAACGCCUGUGAAUCCACCAAAGAAUUUCCUUGGUGAAGACAUAUUCUCCCCAGUUACACCCAACAUGGCAAAGAUCAAUGAAACAAUGCACAACCCGGCCCAGAUGAAUCAGAUGAUGACGUCGGUAGAGGGCAUGCCCAACAUCGUGGCAGACAAAAUGUCUCGAACCUAUGCCUCCUGGCUGCAGUGGUGGAAGUCAACUGUGUCCAGUGAUGACUACAUGAAAUAUCUCUCCACUCUGGAAUCUGAUUACAUGGGGGCUGUGUUCCAUUUUUAUGACUCUGGAGAGGAAAGUGAAUCGGAGGAUGAAGAGUUAACAGCCAGGGCCCGUCGUUUCUCCCGUACAACAACACAACAGAACAGCACGAGGAGUAAAGUGACAUCGGAGCAGAGAGAACGAGCGCGGAAAAUAACAGAGCUGAAACAGAUCAAGACAGAGUAUAAGGAGGGUUUCUGGAAUGCCAACGCAGUGCUGAUGGGUGGACUUGGCAAGGAGCCCGAACUUGCUGAGGAGAACAUAGAAGAGAAAGCUGGAGAUAGAACAUCUCGCUCUGUGGAGUCCACCCGUACUGUCACCAUUCAGGAACGUGCCAACCAACUACGCGUGCUGCCUGAGAAAAGGGACUUAAUCUCAAGGAUGUCCAAGGCAACAACAGGAGCUGGCUCAGAAGUUGCAGCGUCCAGUUCUGAGCCUGCAGAGGAGAUAAAGAAAGGACCACAGCCCCAGGAGAGACUUGAGAGUGUGUGGCAACAACUGCUGAUGCCAGAUGCCCAGCGCCUGGAUAUGGCCAUCAAGUACAGCUGUAACGAGUAUUACGAGAGACUGGCAGAGGCAAUAGAAAGAUGGGAACUCAUUGCUGAGCUCAUCUUGCAGAGAGAAUCACUUUUGACCCGGCUGGAGAAAUUUGAGCGCCAGGCCUCUGAUCCCAAUCGGUUUUUCCACAAAGGUUCCAAGAAGAGUUCUUACAGACUUGAAGAAUCAAGAAAGAGGACUUACUUCUCCAAGAAAAUUGAUGCCUUGGAUGUUGAGAUCAAAGAAGAGAUUGAAUACAUAAAGGACCAAUUCCAGGAUGUUAUUACGUUCAAGGGUCGGCCAUACCUAGACAAGAUGCGCUGGGAUCGGACAGAGAUGCUCUACUGGCUCUCAGAGGAGCGCAAGCGACAAGGAUUACAGUAUGAAGCUAUCACCCGUGGAGUUAAUCUGCCUUUGAGACAUGCUCAAUUACAGCCAAUUAUGCCCCAACAAUAGACUCCAAACUUUUGUCUGCAUGUCUACUUCUAUCUGGGGGAUGAUCAUGAACAUUACUGGCAAAGGGUUUGGUGGAAACAAACUGGUCAGGAGACUGACCCCGUUAUGGAAAUGGCAGGGAUGAAUGGGACAGAGGGAAAGUUUUUUUUGGUGGGCAGGACUCGAUGGCUGUCGAUGUUUAAGAACUGACUUUGCUUUUCAAUUCAUACCAAAUACAUUGUCAGACACAUACACAUACAUACCAUGCUCUUUCCUAUGUGCACCCUAACGCUCUUCUGUACCCCCCUCCCUACAUACACGCAUACAGGGGCCAAGACAAACAGGCACACUCACAACAGCACACACACCCAUAGGCGCACACACAAUACACAUGUGCUGAGACAUGUCAUUGCUACUGGUAGAAAAAUGAGUAACUCUUGGUUGUUGUUUUUUUCUCUUAUCCUGCAAAGCAGAGUUAAUUGUAGUUAAAACAUUUUUCAUGUGACAGCAAUGAUAUUUAUUUUGAGACUUUAUCGCAUGUCAGCAUUACCUAACGCCAUUUUACAGCACCUUAAUUCUGUUUUUUUAAUUUAUUACAAAUAACGUGUCUCAGCUCACUUGUGAGUCUUCCUCCUUUUGUGAACUGUUUAGUCAAUGAUGGUGUCAUGUCAUGGGCUCAGAUUUGUUUCAAUCUAAAGCAGAGAGAGCAUUCUAGCUAGUUGGUGGAUUAUCAAAUAUUUGAAAUGAAAUUGUUGAGACUAUUGUUUGCUGUUACUUUCUCUGUAUUACCCAACCCAUUCAUGACACAUUGACGUCAACUAGGGUUAUUGGAGGGUCGGAAAGAUGAAAAGACUGCUCAAAAUGAAGUGCAAAUAUAGAAUAAGAAAGUUUUGUGUAGUCUGUGAGUUGCCAAUUUGUUAUUAUGCUUACUGCUGGUGUUGUCUAAAAAUCUUCAUCUCCUUGUAAGUGAUAUAUAGUCAUUUAUAAUUCUCAUAUUCACAGAGUGAUUGUCAAUUUUACCCUGAAGAAUUUCUUGAUAUGCCAUACAUUAUGUAUUGCACAGAGUUGGUCUUUUAUGUUUUGGAAUGAGUCUGAAUAGGACAAUGAUAUCACAUGACGUUAUGCAAAGUCUUCAUUGUUUUUUUUAUUGUCUGCUGCCAAAAUGAGUAAAUGUGUAAAUAAACUGUACAAACAAUGUGAA